GUGGUUUCUUUCCCCAAAAGUCAUCUUCUAUCAAAAAUCAAUUUAGAAAUCAAAUAAAAUAAUUUCUCUGAUUGAAAAUGGAAUCGUUCUCAUCGUUCUUCGGAUCAUCACAAUCGGCCUCUCAUCGUAACAGUUGGAGUUACGAUUCUCUUAAAAAUUUCCGUCAAAUCUCUCCCCUUGUUCAAACUCAUCUCAAACAGGUGUAUCUAUCGCUAUGUUGCGCUCUUGUAGCGUCUGCAGUCGGAGCUUAUCUUCAUAUCCUAUGGAACAUUGGUGGUCUCCUGACCACUUUUGCUUCCUUGGGAUGUAUGUUUUGGUUACUCGCCACUCCUACAUACCAUGAGCAAAAGAGGGUGUCUUUGUUGAUGGCGUCUUCCCUUCUCCAAGGAGCCUCCAUUGGUCCCCUUAUCGAAGUGGCCAUUGAUUUUGACCCAAGCAUUUUGGUGAGUGCAUUCAUGGGAACUGCAAUCGCGUUUGCUUGUUUCUCAGGAGCAGCCAUGUUAGCAAGGCGCCGAGAGUACCUCUACCUAGGAGGCCUUCUUUCUUCUGGUGUCUCGAUCCUUUUCUGGUUGCAUUUUGCUUCAUCCAUCUUUGGUGGCUCUGUGGCCAUGUUCAAGUUUGAGCUGUAUUUUGGGCUGCUAGUAUUUGUUGGGUACAUGGUGGUUGAUACACAGGAGAUCAUUGAGAAGGCUCACCUUGGAGAUCUAGACUACGUCAAACAUGCACUCACUCUCUUUACUGACUUUGUUGCUGUCUUUGUUCGCAUCCUGAUCAUCAUGUUGAAGAAUUCUGCUGAGAGGGAAGAGAGGAAGAAGAAGAGGAGGGAUUAGAGUUUUUCAGACUAACUGAAACCUCGGAAUAAUAACACUAAGAAUAUGUAUUUCUCGCAUAUGUUUAAUUUUCGUUAGAAAUCAAUUGUACUUGUGUACUUCUGAAUUUUUACUUGCAAGUAUGUAUUACAAACGGAUAACUGUUAAUUAAGAACAAAAUGUAGCGUGAAUAUCAGUUUAUUAAUCUUCA